GUUCUACUGCAACAGUACAACAUACAAAGUGAUGGAGGAGAGGUGUUCAGAGAAAGAGUUAUACAUGUGCCAGGUUCUGAAGCAUGAGGAUCCGGUGCGACAGGAAGCAGCUCUGCAUACGGUUCCUGUAGAUGAACUUAAGGAGAACGCGCUUAUUUCACUGGCCAAGGAAACAUGUGAAAAAGGUGGGAUCUUUCCGUCGGCUUUCCCAGCUGGCUAUAUGCAUCAUAGAGCAUCUAAUCUGCAUCAACUUUAGACAUGGUGAGUUCUACUCCAAUUUCUUUGUGUUGUCGGCCUUGGUGAUUGUUCUGGAGCUCUAAUUGGCCGAUGGACU